UUUAUUUAUUUUAGAAUAGGACACUAGAUGCUGGGAUUCGGAAAUGACGGGUAGAUAGUGAUCGGCGGCCUCUGAGAGAGAACGUUUCUAAGGAACGGAGCUCAUGCAUUGUGAAACAAUUGGAUAUGGAAAUAUUUUGACUGGAGUUUUUAAAAUAAAAUUUACAGUACCCAUUUAAAAAUUUCUGUUUUCUAAAGACAAUGACUUCGUUCAGAAAGUUCUCUGGCAAACAACGCGGAGAGCACGACGAUCCGCCAUCUUACAACAUCCGGUUCGACUACAGCAACACCUACCUUGACAAUGAAGACCUUGACCAUCGUCUUGAAGACCAUGCAUACGAACUGCACCGUGAACAAGUUCGUAGGGGUGUAGAAACUGAUAAAAUGUUGAAGGAAACGAAACAAAAUGCAGAUGAGAUGUUACAAUUGCAAAACGCAAUUAAAAACAGGGACCCGUACGAAUCCUCUAACAGAGUCUCAAAAUCGGCCGACUUAAGGCGCAGAUCUUCUAACAAACAGUUACAUAAGAGUGCAUCAGUUGAAAGCGAGACGAUAGAAAAACAACCUUUAGAAACGGAUCCUGACACUGACGGGAAUGGCAAAUCCAUUAAAGGAGUUGAAGAGGAUGAGAUUUUAGAGACGGAUAAGAAAAUUGAAUCAAAACCACUUAAUACUCUUACGAUGUUUCUACUUUCCUUGCAAACAUUUAAAAGGCAUAGUAAUCAAAGAAAACAAGAGCCACACAAAAUGUCAAAUCCGAAUAACGGUGAACAACAUUCCAGUUCAAAUGUGGAACAAAGUCACUCACGAGGAAAGUCUUUGCAGAACGGUCAUCAAAUGAAAAGACCGUCUAGUUACCAUGCGGGUGAACAGAGGGCACAAGAAAACGGACGUCAAAAACGUGUAACAGACAAGAAAGAAGAAUCUCAAUAUGGUAUUCAUGUGAAGAAAGAUCACACCAGGUCACGCCGAAAACUUGAGGAAAUAAGUAAACUAGAACAAGACUCUAAAUAUGGAUAUGUUGAUAAAUACGAAGAAAGAAGAAAGAAAUUACUUGCGUCUUGCAAAGAUACAAAGAAUAUAGAUGAUCGAAUAAAAUCAUUUCUUAAAGAGGUGGAUGAGUUUAAGCUGAUGUCAAGUGAUGAUAAUUCUCUAGAGAAGGUCCUGAAGCGAACAAAGUCGGCACAUUUCUCAAGAGCUAAAACGUUUGCUUGGUGAAUGUAAAUAAAGUGCGCACUUUACAUUUUGUAUGACAAUGAUAAUAAUUGUGAAAAUAAUUCUCCUGCGGAUAAUGUCGGCAUGCUUUACUAGAACCAACUUGUAAGGUGACAAUUAUUAAAAUUGGACUUACAGAACUUUUUUUUUCAAUCGCUGACGAAAAAUAAUCUGAAGAGAAUGCCCUAUUUAGACAAUGUCGUUGCACUUUACUGGAAAAUUUCAAUAAAUUGCACAGCUUCAAUCGAUUAUAAUUGUACCUCUUAAUUGGGACAAAGUCGACACAAUCAUUUUGCCGAUGAACAAAUACCCCAGUGAGGUAAAUUUUAAUGAAAUGCGCAAUUGGACUUGAUUUUUUUCAGUCGAUUGGCUUUCUGCUGAAUAUCAAUACACAUUUGUUUAUCCAGA